AUGCAAUUAACUCUUGAGUUCGGUGGAGGUCUAGAGUUGCUCUGUGACUCCGUAAAGAUUCAUAAAGUUAACGUCGAUCUCCCCGAUGAGUCACAUAUCUUGACGAUGAAGGAUUUGCUUAAAUGGGUUCGUACCAAUUUGAUCAAAGAAAGGCCUGAAAUGUUCAUCAAAGGAGAUACUGUUAGACCUGGAGUUCUCGUGCUGGUUAACGACUGUGAUUGGGAGCUUAGUGGCCAGCUCGAGACAACGUUAGAAGAGAAAGAUGUUGUAGUCUUCAUUUCGACAUUGCACGGUGGAUGA